CCAGUCAAAAGAUACGGGGGCUGCCCUAACGUCACAUGACAGAAAGCGUCAUCACCGGGCGACAACAGGACAGUAAACAAGCCUGAAACCAGAUAUCACGUUCUGUUUUUAAAUAGAAAGUAAACGGAGAUUAAAUAUGCCCAAAGUGGUGUCUCGGAGUGUUGUGUGCUCGGACACCCGUGACAGAGAAGAGUAUGAUGAUGGGGAGAAGCCUCUGCACGUGUAUUACUGCCUGUGUGGCCAGAUGGUUCUGGUUCUGGACUGUCAAAUAGAGAAAUUACCCAUGAGACCACGGGACAAAGCCAGAGUGAUUGAUGGAGCAAAACACGCCCACAAGUUCUGCAACGUGGAGGAAGAUGAGGCUGUGUACUUGAAAAGGUCAGACGGCAUCGAAAGACAGUUUCGCAAAAAAUGUGGAAAGUGUGGUCUUCUUUUGUUUUAUCAGCAUCAGAUGAAGAGCACUCCAGCGACAUUUAUUGUGGAUGGAGCGCUGGUGAAAUUCGGCCAGGGAUUUGGCAACACAAGCGUAUACAGCCAGAAACAAGAGGCACCAAAGAAAGUCAGGGUUAUGAUGACAAAGCGCACCAAAGACAUGGGCAAGUUUAGCUCAGUUACUGUUUCGACGAUUGAUGAAGAAGAGGAAGAGAUUGAAGCGCGGGAGGUGGCGGACUCUUAUGCCCAGAAUGCCAAAGUGAUUGAGAAACAGCUGGAGAGGAAAGGAAUGAGCAAGAGGCGACUUCAGGAACUGGCAGAACUCGAGGCUAAGAAAGCCAAGAUGAAGGGAACUCUCAUCGACAACCAGUUCAAAUGAAGAUGGUGUAAAAGAGAGAGAGAGCAAAUGAUUGUGUUGUCUGCAUGUAGCUGCUGGAAAGUGUGUAUAUUUUGUUCAGUUGUGUAUGUAUGAAGGGAAUAGGGACUGAGGUAUUGUUUUUUUUUUACUUUGUUUUACUAUUUUUAAUUACAAAUUUGUUUAAAUGUUUGAAUUGUAAAACUGUUUUCCAUGCUAUUCUUUAUUAAAUUACAACCAACUGAA